UCUUAGAAGUUAAAAAAGAGUAUCUUUCUAAUCUUCAAAAAUCUGCCACUUUCAUUACUUAUCAGUUAUCAGAAGCAACAAUGCCCAUCUCCACCACUCUAUCCAUCCCCGGCGUCGGUGCCGGCACCUUACUUUCUGGUGAGUUCCAGCAACUGGGUCGUGUUGAAACCAAGCUCUCUCACGAAGCCAGAAAACAUUGUAUUUAUGGGCACCGUUUGCCGAAUUACAAGUGCUUUUGGCAAGUACCCAGAAGCAAAAACUUGAAGAAUUUUAAGCCUAGAGAAUUUCCUUUGCAUUUUGCUUAUGGAAAAGAUGCUGAAGAUAGCUCUCUUUCGAAUCUGAGUGAAGAUACUGAUGAAAUGUUUGAUGACUUGUUUAAAAAAUAUGGAGAAGUUGUAUUCAGGAGAAAUGACCAAAAGCUUCCAAGUGCUGAAGUUGAUGAUGACGCUGAAAGCUUAUCAUGUAAUUCAUUCACAAUUUAUUCAAAUACUUGUCAGCAUAAAAUGUGCAUGAUGUUUGUAAUUCCCAUCACUUUUAGCCUUAAGACAAAAUCAGCUUUGCUUCAUUAUUACAUUCCCUUUUAG